AAGCCCAAAUCUUUUUGGGACCAACCCCUUUUAACAUCUCUUCAUAUGCACAGAGCAUCCGCGCCUUUCUCCGGGUUAGGGUUUUGCCGAUCUGCUGCGCCUGCUCCUCUUCAUCCCUUAGCUCAAAAGGCACUCGUCACCGUCGAGGAAACUUGUCUCUGCAAACAUGGGGAAGACACGCGGUAUGGGAGCUGCCCGCAAAUUGAAGUCCCACCGAAGAAGGCAAAGGUGGGCUGACAAGGCUUACAAGAAGUCCCACCUUGGCAAUGAAUGGAAGAAGCCAUUUGCUGGUUCUUCCCAUGCCAAAGGCAUUGUUCUUGAGAAGAUAGGUAUUGAGGCCAAGCAGCCAAACUCUGCCAUCAGAAAAUGUGCUAGAGUUCAACUGAUUAAAAACGGGAAGAAGAUUGCUGCUUUUGUUCCAAAUGAUGGUUGCUUAAACUAUAUUGAGGAAAAUGAUGAGGUUUUGAUUGCUGGAUUUGGACGUAAGGGUCAUGCUGUUGGAGAUAUUCCUGGAGUUAGAUUUAAGGUCGUGAAGGUCUCGGGUGUAUCCCUUCUGGCGCUGUUCAAGGAGAAGAAGGAGAAACCAAGAUCUUAAAUCUGCAAUGAAGUGUUAAUUUCUUUUUUCAACAGUUUAGUGCUAAUUCUUUAAAGAAUUGGAAGUCUUAUCUCUGUUUUCCUGUGGAUCUGUUGAACAAAUUUUGAUCGUUCUAAUUAUCGUAUUGAAUAUCUCUGGAUUCAA